CCAGUCUCACACCGCGAGCCAGCCAGCCAGCCAGUCAGCCAGCCAGCCUUUCGUUCUUCACUCACACCCUCAAAUCUUACCAAGCUCAGCUCUCCCUGCUCAGAGGCAGACAGAGCAGCACAGCAGCCUGUUAAAGGAGUUGAGGGGAAGGAGCACCAGAGUCAGAGAGCGAGAGAGACAUAGAAAGAGAAAGAGGGAGGGAGAUGAAAGAGUGAAGGGGGGAGCAAAAGCAGAGAGAGCGCUGUUCUCCAUAUGCUGAGGAGGUAGGGGCGGUUGAACAAGCUGCCCCCACUGAAGCCUAGCCUCCUGACUCAUGGGAGCAUCAGACCCCGAUCCCCCAGAGAGCCUGGAAACGCUGCCGAACCACGGGUAAGAGGGAGAAGGAGGGGAGCCAGAGAGGAGAGAGAAAAAAGUCCGGGACAGAGGAGAGGAGAGGGAAGAAAGCCACAACGGUAGGCUGUCCCACUCAACCGCUGUGCCGUGAUGACGUCAGAGGGCAUGUGACCCAGGCUCUCCAGUGACGGCACAUGGAGGGCAGGAAAGAGACGAGUUUUAAAGCUGGUGCCUUUUGGGUUGUGUGAGGGCUCUGCUCGCCUCCCAAACAACCACAGAACCACAGACGUGCGGCUCGGGGUUGGUGUUUGAGGGCGACCUGGAGUGUAAAUGGUUAAUCGUCGCGGGCCAGCACCAGUCACAAGGACGGCGCUAAGCGAGUAAGACGUGUCAAGGGUCACGGAAACCACAGAGGAACAAAAGUGGGGCUUGCUGCAACCAGAGGCAGCUAUGGCAUCUAACAGCCUUUUCAGCACAGUGACACCAUGUCAACAAAACUUCUUCUGGGAUCCCAGCGCCAGUCGGAGGUUCAGUCCGCCGUCCAAUAGCCUCCAGCCGGUCCCAGGGAAGAUGAACGAUGUGAGCUCUCCAGCCGGGCAGCCGGACGCAGCGGCGGCGGUGCCAAGACUGCGUCCCCACGAAAACCGCAGCAUGGCCGAGAUCAUCGCCGACCACCCGGCCGAGCUGGUCCGGACCGACAGCCCCAACUUUCUGUGCUCGGUCCUGCCCUCCCACUGGCGGUGCAACAAGACGCUCCCUGUCGCCUUUAAGGUGGUUGCCCUGGGAGACAUACCUGAUGGGACCGUUGUCACAGUAAUGGCAGGCAACGACGAGAACUACUCUGCCGAGCUGCGGAAUGCCUCAGGUGUGAUGAAGAACCAAGUAGCGCGUUUCAACGACCUUCGUUUCGUGGGCCGCAGUGGCAGAGGCAAGAGCUUCACGCUGACAAUCACAGUAUUCACCAACCCACCACAAGUGGCCACUUACCACCGAGCCAUAAAGGUCACCGUGGAUGGACCGCGUGAGCCCAGGAGGCAUCGUCAGAAACUCGAGGACCCUCCCAAGACUGGUCUCUUUUCAGACCGCCUUAGUGAGCUUGAGAGGAUGAGGGUGAGGGUGACCGUUCCCACUCAAGGCCCCCGGCCAGCUCUCAAUGCAGCGGCCAACUCCUUCAACCCGCAGGGACAGACGCAGAUAACAGACCCUCGUCAGUCCCAGUCCUCUCCUCCCUGGUCGUAUGAACAGACGUACCCGUCCUACCUGAGUCCCAUGGCAUCCCCCUCAGUCCACUCUACCACCCCCCUCUCCUCCAGCCGAGGCACGGGCCUGCCUGCCAUCAGUGACGUGCCUAGACGAUUGCCAGGUUCUUCUGACCUGAGCCCAUUCCCUGGUCAGUUUGAUCGUCAGUUCCCGAGCCUCUCCCUCACAGAGAGCCGUUUUUCCAGCCCUCGGAUGCACUACCCGGCAACCUUCACCUACACCCCGCCCGUCACCACCGGGAUGUCGCUGGGCAGUGCCCACUACCACACCUACCUUCCCCCUCCUUACCCGGGCUCCACCCAGAGCCAGAGCGGACCCUUCCAGACCAGCAGCACACCCUAUCUCUACUAUGGCGCUUCGUCUGGCUCGUACCAGUUCUCCAUGGUUCCCGGCGGGGACCGUUCGCCCUCCCGGAUGAUCCCGCCUUGCACUAGCGCCUCCACAGGGACCUCACUGGUGAACCCCAACUUGCCCAGCCAGACGGAGGGAGGGGUGGAUGGCGACGGGAGCCACAGUAACUCCCCGACUGUUCUCAACCCGGGAGGCCGCAUGGAUGAAGCAGUUUGGAGGCCAUAUUGAAGAAAACCAGGGGGGCGGAAACUAGAAGUCAACUGAUGUCAUGGUUUGAAAGCACAAAACCUUUUUUUUUUAUUGAAAAGGGGAUUUUUGAGCUCUCAUCAGCUAUCUCUACCUUUUGCUUGGAAAUUAAGGUUGAGAUAAAAAAAAAAGACCAGACUUGUACGGACUUGUCUUCCUGGAAUGUGUUUUGACCAAGGCACUACAAAGGGAGUCAUUCUCACAGCAAUAAUGAGAAAGACAAUUUUACUAGACCCAAGUGGAUGAGACAUUAUUUCAGUUUUAUUAUAAUCCACAAGCUAAGGGAUGCUUCAACAAUAUUUGUAAAAGACUGCCUCUUUUGUACAGUGUUUUUAUUUCAAUAAGGCUUUUUUGCAGAGCAUGUUUUUGUACUAUGACAAUAUCAAGAUGCAAGUUAGGCACUGAGUAGCAAGUGAUGAGAGUAACACAUAUGUUACCUUAAGUGGUAUGGACAGUAAAUUUGCUUUAAACCAAUUAAUUUAACUUGUAUAUUGUGGGUGAAACGUUGAUGUAGAUUGAGGCGUUUUUCUUAGUUUUAACUUAUAAAGCCAUAAAUUAUGUAUUGUAUUUGAAACUUGAGUCAAAGAAGUGUAAUCUGAAUAUUUUUGAUGCAUCUAUAUGACUAAGUUAAACUGAUUUUUUUUUUGAUAGGUAAUUUAACAGAGUGAGAGGUUUAAUUUUUUUGUAGUACCCAAAGAUUUAAAUCGUUUCGAAUAUGAAAUGUAAUUUCCAAAGAGUAUUGCGACAUGUUUCUUCUGGUGUAACUUUCAGUUUAACUACUCCACACGUUAAGAGCCCAACAUCCUCGCUAGGCGUUGACACACAUUUGGCUUGGAAUGAAACCUUUGGUAUUUAUUGAGCAAUAACUCGUAUUGUGCCUCUUGGCAACAUACCAUGAAAGAGAGCUUCAAUGGGGAAAAUAAUUACCCGAUGGGGAAAUUCUGCUUGAUUUCUUUAGUUUGUCUAGUCUGACAUGCACACAGAUACAUACAUAUGUAUUUUCUUGCCCAAAUAAGAAAUGGUACAUUUACACAUGAACCGACAUGUAGUCCAAAGAUGAUUAUGGCGGCACCACGCCUGGUGGUGCUCUGGGUGCACUCCAAAGCAGAAGGUCAGACUUUAAGGUUCAGUUAUUUUAUGAUACGUGAACUCCUCAGGACUGGAAUAAUCCUUGGAUGAGUCCCAAAGAUUUGGUAAAUCUGCAUGUCUUCUUUUCAUAUCCAGUCCGGCUGAAUGCUCUGUCAAGAUUAUAGGGAAAACAUGCCAAGUCUAUUAUAGCUUUCAUAUCAUGUGCAAAAGAUAGCUUUGAAAAAGUGUGUCUUAGUGCGUUACACACACGGGUACUUUUUUUGUUUGUCUCUUUGCAUUUUUCUCUUUCAGUCUCUGAGAUUGAAAAUAUCACAGUUAAAGACAAAAGAGACUGUGACAUUCCUUCAGACAUUUAUUUAUUUUCCCUUUUUUUGCUUUUGUUUUGUUUUUCCAAAUAGAUUUCUAUCAUCACUAACCAGUGUCACGAUCUAAAAUUGUUCUGUGGCACCAGUGUGAGGGGAGGUCUGAUAUUUUCCAAUUUGAAAUUACUAUGUGAGAUUUAAAAAAAGUGUUGGAGUUGAAGGAAAAAAAAGUGCAAAAACCGAGGUGAUUGGAUGCAGCUGCUGGCAGCAAACUGGUAACCAAAAAAUAUGGGAGACUUGUGUAUGUUUGUUUCAUAAAGCACUUAUUUCUUGUUUUAUUUCUAGCAGCACUUGCGGCUGGCUGCCAGCAGGGCUCGUGGUUUUGGUCCUCAGUGUAGAUAUAACGCCACUGGAGUCACAUACACACACACGCACGCACACACACAUAUACACACACAGAAUGGAUAACACUUGGCCAAACAAGCCAUUUACAUUGGAGUUGAAUCUGAUCUCACAAGGCAGUUGGUAUUUGUUUGAAAAAAGCAUUUUUCUUGCUUUCAUACAAUAUGAUAUUCAGCGCAUGUAGGUAAUAUAAUAACCCAAUUUGAAAAAGCUGAGAAAAACAUGGCUCUGUCCAAGGAUCAGACUUCAAGCCUUUCAUUGAAGGUUUGCACGCAGUGCCUCUUUUCCAGUCUCUGCAGAGGAUGUUCUGAACUCAGUUAAUGGAAUUGAACAUGUCACACUACAUUUCCCCAACUGCUUCAGCCCAAACGAAAAGUCUUUUUGCUGUUACAGUGUAACAUAAGAAAGCAAAUAAAAACCUUUUAGAUUGUUGUGAUUUUAUAGCUUUUUUCCCCAAUUACAGAUUUAUUCAAUGUCUCCAUAGUAACUAUGCACAUCUGUUGGAAUUUAUUUAAUCUGCUUCUUUCUUUCCAAACUUUGAACAGGAAAUGGUCUUUUAAAAACUGUUUACACAUCAAUGCAGCACUGACAUCCCAUUUUGUCCUCAUCUGCUUUUGUUUGUGUUGUCUUUUUUUUUUUCUUGAAAACAAGAAGUUCAUCCUUUUUCUUUGCUUUGGUUAAAUGUUGCGUACAAACUGUCAUCAAAAACUUGUAUUAUUUAAUGAUCAACAUGUAUGAUAUCCAGGAACCGUACCUUACCCUGCUCUUAUGUAAAGUUUACUUUUUAUGUCUAUUGUUAUGCUUCUUCUCUCAUGAACACUUGUCAGGAAAUUUAAUCUAAUGGAGACUCCAUUAGAUUUUGCUGGUACGUUUCAUAAAGAUCAUCUUUUUUUUUAAAGGGACAAACAGACCUGACAACAGUGAGUGAAAUUGGCAUUGUGAUUGUACAUUUUGUUUAUUUUAAGAAUAAAAUAGGAAUUUUGUAACUUAA